CAAUGCAACAGACAAUCUCUCUCAUGAAAACACGAACUCUCCCAUUUCAAACGAUCGGGAAUCGUAUAUAGAUCGAAACCUAUUUUGCGUUUCGCUUUGUUCCUUCUCUAAUUGUCUCUCUUUGGAUAUUCUAAUCAUUCGAUCCCGGCUGAUUCCUCUUUCACCCAGAACCCUAGGUUUUUGGAGUUCUUUAAAUUAGCUCCAAACCCUAGGAUCCUUGUUAUUCGGUCUUUUACUGAGCUUUCAUUUUACUCUGAUUUUGAGAGCUAUAUUUAUAAGAUGUCGUACAAUUUCAGAUUCAAGUUCUACUUUCAGUAAAUACAUCCGUGAUUCGACUUUGAUUGCUAGCGAAAUUGGGCUGUGUGUGAUUGGUUGCUGGGAUUUGAGGGAAUUUAGCUGCGAAUAGUCUAGGUUGAAUCACUUUCUGCGGUGGCUUUUAGUAUAUAGACUGAGCUGGAUCAGAGAAUGAAAUAGCUCCACAAUCAUCUGUUUUUUUUUUUUUUUUUCUAGCGAAGGUUUUGAAUUCGCUUAGACUUGACACCCAUUAGUGGGUGAUGCUUAAGAAGUAGUUACUCCUUUAUUGCACCUUAUUUUCUGAUUUCAUCACCUGCACUUUACUGGUUUGAGGCGUGGAAUGGUAAUGAAUGAACAUUUUUUUGUGACAAAUUUUGGUGGGGAUAAGCGUUUUUGAGUUAACUGGAAUGGAGAUGCAACAUCUGGUUGUAACUUAAUGGUCACGGGCUCGUAGUUUUGCCUCUGGAACUUUAAUCUGAUAAUUCGUGCUUUUUGUGAUUGAAAGAACACUGUAUUUGUUCUUUGUGGCUGCUCUCCAUUAAAAUUCUGCAGAAUGAGCGUGGAAAAUGAAGACCAACGUCUUCCAGAUCAUCCUACUGAUUGGGACGAUAUCCAAUCACAAAAGAAUGUUAGGAUCUCGUAUACAAGAGAUUUUCUGUUAUCUCUCAGUGAAUUGGAUGUCUGCAAGAAAUUACCUAGGGGAUUCAAUCCAUCAAUUCUAUGUGAAUUCGAGGAUGCUUCCCAAGGUCUGCUAAGGAGUUCUGGCAGUUUGCCAUUGCAUGGCUUCAAGCGUACUGAGUAUGGUUCUUCCCCACCUACUAGAGGGGAGACAAGUAGUUAUUCUCGAAAUAUCACUGGAAGGUGGGAUAGUCGUUCUUCCGGGAAAAGCGAUAAAGAUAGUGAUUCACAAUCUGAUCGUGAUUCAGAUUCUGGAAGGCGUUAUAGCAACCAAUCUCGUCAUCCAUGGCAAGUUCCUGAGCACGAUGGACUUCUUGGAAGUGGAUCUUUUCCAAGACCACCUGGAUAUGCUGGAGGGGCAGCGGCGCCCAAGUAUCGUGCGAAUGAUCACUACCAACUGAAUAAGUGUAACGAGCCAUAUCAUCCACCUCGACCGUAUAAGGCAGCGCCUUUCUCUCGGAAGAACAAUAAUGAUGCACUCAACGAUGAAACAUUUGGUUCUUUGGAGCUUACAAGUGACGAUAAAGCCGAAGAGGAAAAAAAGAGAAGAGCUUCCUUUGAUUUGAUGAGGAAGGAACAACAGAAGGAAUUCCAAGAGAAGCAGAAGAUGAAUCCUAACAAGCCUAAAGAUGAGUUUGAUAUCACAACAUUGUUAGACAAUCCCAAGGAUGAUAAGGGGCAUAUGAAUAGAAAAAAUGAAUCAGAUGAACUCGUGAAGCUUGCAGCAUCAAAUUCUGAUUCAGAUAAGCCUUCUUUUCCCUCUCGAACUCUUGUAUCCAGACCACUUGUGCCACCAGGGUUUGCAAGCUCAAUGUCGGAAAAGAAUAUUGCAAACAAAUCUCAACUUCAUUCACACUUAUUUGAGGUUCACAAUCCUGAUUUCGAGGGUGGUCUUCAGUCUGCCAAAAGCACUCGUCUGUCAAAUGAAACUUCUCACAAUCAAGAGGAUAUACUACCUUUAAAACGAAUUGGUUUAAGUGCGCAGCAACUGGAAAGUGAAAAAAAUAUUGUCUUAUCAUCAGCGGUAGACAUCUCAAAUAAGAAAAUGAGUGUGGAUGGUCAAUUAUUUGUAACUUCGAAUCUUUCUGAAGCUUUUGAAGGUUCAGAGGGUAGUAGUCGGAUGGGAAUUGAUGCUGAGGAGAUAACAAGUACAGAUGUUCAUAAUUCCAAUAUGAAUCACUCGAUUCUGGACCAGCUUCUCGGGGGUGCCUCGGCAUUGAAUGAGGGUGGGUCUUCCGGCUUCACUGAGCAAAAUGAUGGUAAAGCGGAUGAUAACUUGAGCCUUGGUACUUUUCGUUCAUCAAAAUUCGCCCAGUGGUUUCUCGAAGAAGAAAAGAGGCCAGUUGAUGAUGUCUCUUCUGGCAGGCCGAAUGACUUGCUCUCAUUGAUUGUUGGUGUUGAGAAACAUGGAUCCCAUGGUUUAGAUGUGAAAUCUACUGAGAACAUCACCGCAAAGCUUCCCUUUCAUAUAUCUGAAAUUGCUAGCACUCAUACAACUUCGAUUUUAAAGUCUCCCAAUAUUGAAAACUCAGAGCAUCUUUACCCAAUAAAUAAGCCAGAGGCAGUUCCAGCUGUCCUUACAUGUGAGGACCUUGAGCAGUCAAUUCUCUCAGAAGUUACUGAGAAUGGUUCAACUUUACCUCCACCUUUGCAGAGCUCCAAUGUUCCCAGUGCGAAAACUGAAGUUCAAAAAUCUAACAUUGAUGAUCAUGCAUCCCAGCACCUCCUUUCGCUUUUGCAGAAGAGUACAGGUCUGAAGGAUACUGCACCAUCUCCAACUCUGGGCACCGAAUCAUCAGAGGAACUUCAAAACAUUGAAGCAGCAAGCCUUGGUAGUGCACUCAGCAAUUUGGAAAAGGCAAAUUCUGAAAGUGUCUCCAAUUCCAGGAAACCUUUGACACUUGAAACACUUUUUGGAACAGCUUUUAUGAAGGAACUACAGUCAGUUGGAGCACCAAUUUCCGUCCAAACGGGCACUGUUGGGUCUGCGAGGGUUGAUGUUUCGGAAGAUCAAGGAUUGUCCUUUACUGGAUUAGAUGAAGGCUACAUUUCUUCAACAACUGAAGUUGGAUCUAACAUUACAAUUCAUGAACUCGGAGUUUUAACAUCAAAUCAAAGGCAAAAAAUGGAAUCUGAUAAGGUUGAAAAGCAUUUGUUAGGCCUUGAUCCUCGAAAUGAAUUGGAUACAUCACAACUUCGAACUGAAAUAAGGUCUAAACUUGGCGUCUUUGAUGGAUCUGUUGAUAUUCGGCUUCCCGAAGAGGAUAGCUUGCUUACAAUAAGUGAUCCUGUGCAUCUUCAAAACUUCAUGCCUGGCAGGAGCGCAGCUAAGACUGAGUUGUUGUCCGCCCAAGAGACACCAAUUGACAUUGCUGAAAAACUAGCCGCUAUGCAUUCUGCGUUCAGGGAUGAAAGAUCAAUUGCGGGAGGUCAUCAGGGUCAACCUUUUCUUCGUAGUCCUUAUGAUAUUAGAGAGCAUGAUAUUCCUUAUCACAACCCUCACGUUCAUCCAUCUUCUUCACAGCUUCAUACCCCUCAGUUGAAUCAUGUGGGACCCCUAUUCCAUCCACCUGAGCAUCCUGCAAAUAACAAUUCUCAGAUGAAAUUUAUGGGUCCAGAUGAUGUCAUCCGUCAUGAUCAUCCACCUCCAGCAAAUUAUCAAUUUCCUGCCAAUGUGCUUCACCCAUCUAUCCAUCACGCUAGCAGUGGACUGACUGGUUUUGACCCUACCAAUCAUCAUCCUAUGUUACAACAAAUGAACGUGCCAGGCAAUUUUCCUCCACCUCAAUUACGAGGAUUUGCUAGGGGUGCACCUGUUCUUCCACAGCGCAAUAAUCAAGUGGCUGGAUUCAUGCAGGAACAUAAUCGAGUGCCAGGUUUUCCAUUUGGUAACAGGCAAUCUAACUAUGGUGGGAUUAGAAUUCCUCCACCAGGACCUCCUGACGCAGGUGGAAGCAAUCAUCCAGAGGUGCUCCAAAGACUCAUCGGGAUGGAACUCAGGUCAAACUCAAAGCAGAUUCACCCAUUUGCUGCUACUGCCCAUAAUCAGGGGAUGUAUAGCCACGAGCUUGACAUGGGUUUUGGAUAUAGAUAGAAGUUAUCAUUGGGGUUAUGUAUAUUUUGCAUUGUAUUUGUCUCUUGGCCAGAUUAUUCUCUUUGGCUCGUGUACCCAAUUGUUCUGUUCGAAAUUUAUAUUUCGGGGUGUCUUUUGGUCUUCCUCUCUCUAAAUUGCAUAGCAAGCCUGCAAGAGUA